AUGCAUUCCAGAUCUCUUUCUAUCUCACUGUUGAUCGCCUCGAUCACGACUGCGAUUUCACUUCCCAUAGACCAGGACUACCAGUCCGGCACCCCACCGACCGAUUUGAACCCAGAGAUCCUACAAGCGAUGGACGGGCCGACCAAGUCGGAGUAUUUCCCCAGCGGCAAAUUCAUGAACUCCGGAAUGGGUCCCAAACCAGAUCUAGCUUCGGGGCAGCUCAAUGGCGAGGCAGGCCGUCCUGGAUUCAACAAGAAUCCAAAGAACACCGGUUACAGUCUUUCAGGUUUUCCUCACGAAAAUGAGAGCGUCGGUCAAGCUGCCAAAACCCCAUCUACCACUGGUCAUCCCAAUUUCCCUGCUGGCAACGCGUACAGCCCAUUCCAGUCAGCUCCCAGUUAUGGCCAAAAUAGUAUUCAAGCUGGGAGAAACUCACCCGCUGGGCAUCCUCUCAUGUCCCACGAGCGUCCCUCUGCCUCACAAUCUACUACUGGUAUGUCUGGUAUGGCUCACCAAACCCCAUCACCUUCAAAGCCUACACCCGAUCAGAAUCAGCCCCAGGGUCCAUUAGGUAACGAAGCAUACAUGGGAGAGCCAUCGUCAAACAAUAAAUUACCACAACGCAGGAACUUGCGCCGAGAGUUAGGAGAGGGUCCGUUCAAAGCCUUAGAACGUCGACAAGAUGGUAGCGAGUUCUUGGAUGGCCUAAAUGCGGGCGAUGAUGGUACCCUUGGAAUGGGCUCACCCUUCGGCGAGUUUGAUGGGAAUUCAGGAGGAGCUGAUGGAAUAAUGGAUGAUGGAGCCAACCCGGAUGUAUUGAAUAACGCCUUGGGAACGGGGCUGAAACGUCGAACUUCGAUCGGAAGCUUGAGUGAACUCCUUCAACGUCGUCACAAUGGCGAGGAUCACACGAUGGACCAAGGUGCGAAGAACGCGACAGAGCAGCCAGUUGGUCAAAACAACCAAAGCCCCGUCAAACAAACCGCGACGAACUCGACUGAAACCCCCAGUGAGCAAGUUGAACCAGGGUCCACCUCAAAGGUGACCUCGGAAGACCCGGCAAUUCCACAAGCCAGCGAGAAAUCAAACCCCACUGGACAAUCCGGCAUGCCUUCUUCCAUAAACGAGCUGAACAGCAAGCAAUCCAAUACUCAGGCCGAAGGAUUGUCCCAUAGACCUCACUCCAAGGGAAAAACACCAGGACAAAUGCCCGAAAGUUUCGCCGCCCAAUUCCAGCCGCAACGCCUUUCACCCCAAGACCAACAAAUGCCGUCGACAGGCUCCCCCCAAAUGAACCCGAAUCUUCCCACCGGCCAAAUGGGCUCACAGCCAGCGUUCAUGGGUGGUAAAUCCAAUGCCGUCAAUCCCAAUACUCCAAAUGGUCCCGGUUUCGGUUCUCCACAAGCUUCCCCUUUCGGCAUGGGAGCAGGUCCCAUGAAUCCAAAUACUGGCAUGGGAGCCAGUCCCAGAAACAGCGAGUCGAUGAUCGCCGAGAUGGAGGAUCCCUCUGCUACUGAUGAAGACGCAGCGGACGAAGAGGGCAAAAAUGUGAACGAGGGGCAGGAGGAAGGAACAGAUCAAUUAUCAGGAAAAGAAUUGGAGAGCCCCGCUUCGAACCCAUCUUUAUUCCCAGGAAACCCUCAAACUACUGGCCCAACCGCCCCUAAAGAGGACUUCAUGGCCAUGGGUCAACCUAUCUAG